AUGUUUAAACGGCAUAUAAAAGAAGAGAAAGAAAAAAAGAGCACAGGAAUCGAAGAGAUGGACUCUCUUCUGGGAGGAGGCAUUAGAAACGGAGAAAUUCUUCUGCUCGUGCAGCAGGAGAACGUAAAGUACCAUUUGGGAGUGCACAGAGUCUUUAUUGCACAAGGACUGGAGGAUGAUGAAGUAACCGUGCACUCAUCACUGGACAAUCCCAUACUUUCCGUUCCAGGAAGACAAAUGCAGAAGGCAGAAGAAGCUCAGUCAAGCGCUGAAAAGAUUGCAUGGCGGUACAAGACAAUGUCCCGCACCGUCAACACUGUAAAUAUCUCCACGGGCUCUCUCUCCACCGCUAAGAAGUACAACUUUAAAAGCAGGCAUCCGAAAGAAAACGAGGUUAAAAAUAUUUUAGAUAAGAGUUUAUCAGAGAUAUCUGAGUAUUUGGAUAGCACAGCAACUUCAAACACAAGAAUAUCGCUGAGCUCUCUCUUCUCUCCUCUUUGGCAGGCGAGCGAGCAGGAAAUAAACGACUUUUUGUUUCAUCUCAGGAAAACAGUUAGAAAAAGCAGAGCAGUGUGCAUGGUAUCCAUUCCCGUCUAUCUGCUAGACGGUUUUAACUACGGAUAUUUCGACUCCAUCAUUAAUCUUGAAGCAAAUACAGUUAAAGAGCUAAAGUAUGAUGGGCUGAUACAGUGCAUAAAAACAGAAGUGAACGAUUUGCACAAGUAUGCGCUGGUGUGCCAGAGCACAGGCAUAAAAAUAGAGAAAAUAGUGCUACCGCCAGAAUAA